ACUCCCAUUUGGUCUCUGAUAACUCAACCCCCUCUGCCAUCCCUGAGCCCACCUCCCUCUUCUUUCAGUCAACCAUUAGAUUCUCCCUGAAGAGGAACUACUCUCAUUUCCUCAAGUUCUUAAGAACACAUUGCGUAAAGAAAGUAAGGAGCAUUCUUCGCAGGAACAGGACGUUAAAGAGGCAGAUCUGAAGAGGAGAAAGCUAAACAGAGCAGGCCAGAGAAAUUGGCCUAAACAGGAGUAGCUGUGUUUGGGUCGUGGCAGGUCUUCUGCAGCCAGUUAGAGGCGUAAAGGUUGCAGGUGGUGCUACCGAGUCCUCUGUGACAUGCAGCAAACUUGGGAUUGGACAAGAACCAUUGACAGUAUUAACAGAGGCCAAACAAAAAUGCUGGGCAAAGGACAGGGUGGCGGAUACGUCCCUGACAUGAACGAAGCACUGCAGAGCAUUAUAGCACCACCGUUGGACAACACCGAGAAGAAGAGCCUUCAGGUGGGUGUCCAGUUGCCAGGCAAUGUGCAGACUGGACCUCAGCAGCAGAACCAGCUCUUCUUGACUCCAGCAAGCCUUCAGCUCGCUCAGCUCCAGGCCCAGCUCACUCUCCAUCGGCUCAAACUGGCUCAGGGAGGAAACGCUGUCAACGCUGCCAGCGUUCUCAAUCAGCUAAUCUCUAAUGUCAACAUGUCCCAGCCCCUGUUAAAUCAAUUAAGGAGUCCAUCGCUGGUUGGGAAUCCACAGGGGGCUUUCCCCACGGGGGUGAUUGGUUUUCCCUCCUCAAAUUCAGCUGUUGGGUCCUUGGUGGGUGGGGGAUUCAACCAAAACUCAGGGAAUGUGAGACUGGAUCAUCCUGGUGGAGGAGGUGGGAAGGGUCAACAAGGUGGGGAGUAUGGAAAAAAGCCUGUAUCAACUUACUCUUCUGAAACUGACAGAUGUCUUCAGUACAGCUUACCUGGAGGAAUGUCUGCUGAUGGACAGUACAUGGGGAUUAAAUCUCAGGCCAAAAACACAACCAACGUUGGCUUUCACAGAGAUUUCUAUGGGCAUGAAAUGCAGGGACAACCAGCUGAGUUAAGUUCCAAAGAGCAAAUGAACUCCACUGCACGUAAGGAGGAAUGGAAAAGCAAUAAUAACCUAAACCAAACUGGAACAGUAAACAUGCCUUCAAACUCUCCUACAGUAUGGCCUACAGUUGGGCAGCCCAUUUGGUCCAGAACAGAACUGUACAACCCAGAAGAGCCAACUCCUGAACCCAAGUUAAAGUCCUGCAGUGGGGUUUCUUCUUUUGGUUCCAGCGGCACGCAGGGCUUCGGAAGCUACCAGGCCCUGCAUGGAGGUGAUGAAACCUUAUCUUCAGCUUCCAGGACACUCCAGGCUCAUCAAGUUAGUGAUUAUUAUGGUGUCACACCCUCUCAGCUGCCACAUCAAUGCAGCAUCUGUGAAAAAAAGGUCUACAACCUCAAGGACUGGGACCAGCACGUGAAAGGAAAACUACACCUGCAGAAUCGAACUUUGUACGUUACUGACAGCUCAGCGGUGACAUCAGCCGGAGCCCCUCAGUAUGUCAUCGGCAGGUCCUCUGAUGGAGGUCUGAACCCAGGAGGGACGAACCCCACAGUCUGCUCUGCUGCAAGUCAAGAUGUAUCCUCAGGAACCAAUGUACCAUACUUGCCAGCAGGAGUCAUGAAGACUUAUCCUGCAUCAGAUGCAGUAUUUGCCUCCCACCAGCCGGAGUCAAAGCCGUUUCCACCCAGAAAGGCGUCUGCAGGCCGCGUUGUUCACAUCUGCAACCUCCCUGAGGGCAGCUGCACGGAGAAUGACGUCAUCAACCUGGGAAUACCGUUUGGGAAAGUCACCAACUACAUCCUGAUGCGCUCAACCCAUCAGGCUUUUCUGGAGAUGGCAUAUGUUGAGGCAGCUCAGGCCAUGGUUCAAUACUAUCAAUUGACUCCUGCCACAAUUAACAAUCAAAAACUCCUCAUACGGAUGUCUAAGAGGUACAAGGAGCUGCAGCUCAAGAAACCAGGUAAAGAUGUUCAAUCAAUCAUCCAGGAUAUUACCUCACAGCGGGACAGGGAUAAGAUGCAAGAACCUGAACACUACCUUCCAGACAGAGCACGCUCUCGCAGCCCCAUCAGCCGCUCUCUGAGUCCUCAUUCCCACAGUCCCAGUUUUACAUCAUGCAGCUCUGCCCACAGUCCCCCAGUGGCACCAUGCAGGGGUCAGGACAGGGGCAGUAAUGGCCUAAGUCCUCAUGGGGGUUUAAGAGACUGGCCAUCCAAUCUGAGAAGAGAGGACGAAGAAAGGGAGCGGGACAAUCCUUGGAGGAACGGUAACAGUAUGGAUGACAAUCGACCUAACGGAAAGACGCCUGACCGUCGGAAGAACUACCACAAACACUUGGGUCAUCUCAGCUUGAGAUCAGCAGAUGAACGUGGAAACGGAGAAACAAUGAGGAGCAGUAAAGACUGGCAUCCACGGGACUGCCCUCUGGGCUCGUCCUUCAACAUUUACAGGAACAUGGAAAACAAUUUUUACAUGGAAUCAUUAUACAAGUCAGAGAAGCCACCCAGGACAUCUCACCAUCGACAUAACAAGCAGAGGAGGAGGGAUGGGGACCACCCUGUUCGAUCAAGACAUGCUGACUUUGACAUGACGGACGAGGCCCUGUGUCGAACCCCAGAGGACAAGAGGCGGAGUUCAUCUGGAACAGACAGGAGCAAAAACUCAAGCAGAAGGCACACUGAGAAACAGGAGAGAGAAAAUGCUUCUGAAAAUACUGAUGGAAUGUCCAAAGAAAAAUCUGUUUCCCCUCAACUAAGUAACAAGUCAAAAAAGAGUACUGAGAAUGUGUUGGAAAGUGCUGAAGACACGGAUGAAGAAUGUUGGUAUCCUAAAAACAUGGAAGAGCUGGUAACUGUGGAUGAAGUAGGAGGAGAAGAUGAGAACAUCAUUGAGCCAGAUCUCUCUGAGCUUGAGGAAUUUACUUCCUGUCACAAAGAAUCAGUAGAACAAUCGAAACAGAAGUAUGUUUCACCAUCAACAUUUCCAGUGGAGGAACAGGAGGCAUCUGACAAGAAACCUAAAGAGGAGGAGGAUACAGGAGGAGAGGCAUCAACAUCUGGAGCUGACAAAGCAGAGGAUCAAAUCACUGCACCCAAUCCUGAAAGCGAGAAAGCAAAUUCAGAAAAUACCAAGCAAAAGGUCAACGAUCUCAGUAGCUUCCCCAGUGAGGAGUUUAAGGCAGCACUUGAGAACACUUGCUUGGAGACCGCCAAGGUUCCCAACAAUGAGCCACAAGAUGAGCCAAUGGAAAAUCAUAUUUGUUCAUUAGAGAACAAUAAAAGCCAGGCAGAAAACCAGACCCCAGAAAAAAUACAUCUGGAGGUUCAACCAAAAGAUGGUGGUCUAAAAAGAGAGAUCGAAGCCCCCUCCCUUUCUCUGGAGCAAGACAAAGCUGUCAGUGAACACAGUAUUCCUUUGGGAGUGGAGUUCGUUGAGCCGAGAACAGGCUUCUACUGUAAACUUUGUGGACUGUUCUACUCUAAUGAAGACACUGCAAAAACCACUCACUGCCGCAGCACCGUGCACUACAGGAACCUCCAGAAAUAUCUGUCCCAGCUGGCAGAGAACGGCCUGUCGAGUGUGCUGACUGAACCCUCGGUAGCACACUGAUACCAGUUUAACCUUUCACCUCUGGAACAGGACAAAGCAGGGAGAUCUGUGAACAUGUGCAGUUUGUGUGAAGCUACAGAAAAAGAAAAAUACAUUGAUAAUGUGACAAAGAGAAGCUUGAAUUUAUUUUUGGACUGUUGUGGUAGUUUUGAUUAUGUUUAUAUUAUACUAAGAUGUCUUGAAUGUUUCAAUUUUGUACACACUUCAGGUGAAAUGUUAAGGAGGUUUACACUAUUUACUGCUUUUAAUUAAUUAUUAUUUUCCCUAUGUAAGGUCUUCUGAGAAGAAAAAAAUAUUUAUUUUAAGUGCAUCUGAUAUUCUGUCAAUUUUUCUUUUAAAUAACACUGAACUGAACUACAUGAAGAAUAAGUAAAAUUAAAAUUAUUUGCAUGUAAAAUAAAACAGUCAUAUAAUUAAAGACCUUAUACUUAUUGGUCA